GAUUAAAGCCGGUGUCUGUGUGGAGGCGCUCGGAAGGGACAGAUAUCGCUGUGACACCGCUGGGGCUCUUGGAGGGGGACGGGUGUCGGUGUGGCGCCGGUGCACGCUGAAGGAGCGGGUGGAACCGGGUGGUCAUGGGGACGUGGGCGUCGUUGGACGUGGUGUGGGAGCUGCCGGCGGAGAAGCAGAUCUUCGGCGCGGUGCUGCUCUUUUCCUGGACAGUGUAUCUUUGGGAGACCUUCCUGGCCCAGCGGCAGAGAAGGAUAUAUAAAACAACAACUCAUGUACCGCCAGAGUUAGAACAGAUCAUGGAUUCUGAAACAUUUGAGAAAUCUCGACUGUAUCAGCUGGAUAAAAGUACUUUCAGCUUCUGGUCGGGACUCUAUUCAGAGGCUGAAGGCACUUUUAUUCUUCUCUUUGGAGGAAUCCCUUAUCUCUGGAGACUUUCUGGACGAUUCUGUGGUUAUAUUGGCUUUGGACCAGAAUAUGAGAUCACUCAAUCCUUGGUGUUUCUGCUGUUGGCUACACUUUUCAGUGCAUUAACUGGUUUGCCAUGGAGUCUUUAUAAUACAUUUGUGAUAGAAGAAAAGCAUGGUUUCAAUCAUCAGACGUUGGACUUUUUUAUGAAAGAUGCAAUCAAGAAAUUUGUUGUGACUCAGUGUAUUUUAUUGCCUGUGUCUUCACUUCUGCUUUACAUUAUUAAAAUUGGGGGUGACUAUUUUUUUAUUUAUGCCUGGCUGUUCACAUUAGUUGUUUCUCUGGUGCUUGUCACAAUCUAUGCUGAUUAUAUUGCCCCUUUAUUUGACAAAUUCACACCUCUGCCCGAGGGAAAGCUUAAGCAAGAAAUUGAAGUAAUGGCAAAGAAUAUUGAUUUUCCUUUGACUAAGGUGUAUGUUGUUGAAGGAUCUAAACGCUCCUCCCACAGCAAUGCUUAUUUUUAUGGCUUCUUCAAGAACAAGAGAAUAGUUUUGUUUGACACUCUACUAGAAGAGUACUCAGUACUAAACAAAGGCAUCCAAGAGGAAUCUGGCAUGGAACCCCACAAUGAUGGAGAAGGGGACAGUGAAGAAAUAAAAGUUAAAAUUAAAAAUAAGAAACAAGGAUGUAAAAAUGAGGAGGUGCUUGCUGUACUGGGCCAUGAACUGGGGCACUGGAAGUUGGGACACACAGUCAAAAAUAUCAUUAUUAGCCAGACAAAUUCUUUCCUGUGUUUUUUCUUAUUUGCUGUAUUAAUUGGUCGAAAGGAGCUUUUUGCUGCAUUUGGUUUUUAUGAUAGCCAGCCUACUCUAAUUGGACUACUGAUCAUCUUCCAGUUUAUUUUUUCACCUUACAAUGAGACAAUGGUUCUUGCUGAUGUUUCCUGAGAAGAUUCAUUUGAAGUCUUUUCUUCUCCAUUUUUGUAAUUUUAAAUUAUCUCCGGCUUGCCUUUUCUGCUCCAGUUGCUUCUGGUCUUCCUGACUUAUAAGUAUUGUACAAUAAUUUGCUUGGGGAAGUGUGACCACCAUCACCCACAGUGUCUGGAUGUCAGGUCUCAGGGAGGAUAGGAGAAGACUGAUGGCUUCCUGAAAUCUUGGCCAGGAAGGAAAACAGGAGAUAUGGCAACCAAGGAAGCAAAGAGUGGCACCUGGCACCCUAAGACUUGAUAGACAAGACCAGGAUCAAGUGGGGCAAAUCCUUGGGUAAAGAAGUAUUACUGGCAAAGUGGAUCUCUGAUUCCAAAGCAGAGUUUGGGCUGUGACUGUAUACUGCCUUUAUCUGAGUUGACCCUUGGUGAAGUCUUAAGAGCUGCUCAUAAAUUCUGCCUCUGUUUGGGUAGCAGCAAAAUUCCUGGAAUAAUUAGAAUGACUUUAGUACCAAUGAUGAUGUUCUGAGCUUUCUCUAUAGACUCUAUAUGCUCAAUGUUACUGUUUAUGCUUUGUGUAGAUUUCCCCUUUCUGAGGAAGCCUCUUUCUGCUUGGUCUUUUCCAUCAAUGUUUUGUAUAUUUCUGUACAUAAAUAUUUUGUGUAGCUUUUAACAGUUCUGCGAAUUGUAUCAUCACUAGCAGAAAACUUUCUAAAUAGCAGCUGAGGGCCUGAAGUUUUGUCCUUAGAAACUAUAUGAAGAAAAUUACUGAGAAGAUGUAAUCUAAAACUUGUAUCCAAAUUUAUAACAAAAAGCUUUAUUGGGGAAAGGGGAUUGUGCUGAGCAUUAAACCCAGGGCCUCAUACUUUCAGGCAGGCACUCUACCACCAGCUUACAUCCCCAGCCUAGCCAGAAACUUGAUUCAAGACCACAAUUGGGUUGAGGAUAUAGCUUAGUGGUACAGUAUUUGCCUAGCAUGCACAAGGCCCUGGAUUUGAUUGCAAUACUGCAAAAAAAUACACCCACAUUAAUGUGAGCAAGUAACUUGAAAGCAUGUGUGGGUCAGGCCAAUUACAGUUUGUUUAUAAAACAAAAGUAAUCCAUUGUGGAGUAUUCAAACAUGGUCAGAUGAAUCUUAGGCUCUUCUGUUAUUAUCUAGGAAGCUUUCCAGAGAGGAAGAUUUCCUAAACAGUUUGACUAGACAUGAGCCAAGAGUCCUCUUGUGCUCUAAAACCUGAGCAAUCAGGCUGCCUAUACUGAUCAGACAGCUGCCCUACCUUCAGGUCAGAGCUCUCAUCCAACUCACUAGAUGGUAGUAACAGGCAAGGCACAGCAGAGUUUUGACCAGGAAGCAGAAAUACUAGUGUUUGUCUUAAGACCUUCAGGGCUUGGGGGAAUAGCUCAGUGGAAUAAUUGCUUGCCUGCAAGCACAAGGUCCUGAGUUCAAUGCCUGGUACCACCAAAAAAACCCAAAAAACAAACACACACACACACACACACACACACCCAACAGUGUCUUAAGGUUUUCAAGAGAGAUCACAUUCAUGUAUCUUUUAUAAUAAUACAAUACUUGCUAUUUUAUUAUUGGUAAUUGUGAACCUCUUACUGUGCUUAGUAUGUAAGCUAGAUUUUAUUUAUUUAUUUAUUUAUUUAUUUAUUUAUUUAUUUAUUUGGUACCAGGGAUUUAACUCAGAACUCUGCACUUGCCAGGCAAGCACUUAUUCUACUGAGCCAUCUCCCUGGGCCCUAGACUUUAUCUUAGUUAUAUAUGUAGGAAAAAAGUGUUAAUAGGACUCACCUGAGCAGGUGUCCAGGCAUCUCAGGAAGAGGAAAGCACAAGUGUAAAGGCCUUGAAAUGGGAGCCAGCCUGGUGUUUGAGAAACACCAGAAGACCAGAGAGGACAGGAUGCUCUGUGCUACAAGAGAGGAGAGGUAAAGUUGGGAAUGAGCAGAUUUUGCAGGACAAACUAAGAAUUUACUUGGGUAUGAUGGAAAGCCAUGGAAGAUUAGGAGCCAAGGACUGGCAUGAUCUGACUGAGUUUAACAGGCAAAUCCUAGGUUCUACAUUAGGAGCAAGGAAACUGGUUGGUAUGUUCUCCCUGUGCUGGUACUUUUUUCAGCAAAAAGUCAUGGUGCUAGGCUGUAGUGGUGGUCAGAGGUGCAGGCUGUGUCCUGAGGAGUGGUGUUGGACUCUGGAAAGGACUGGGCUGUCUUGCUGCAAUGUCCUGUGAAGCUUCUCAAAACCCUCUUCCUAAGUGUAAACAAGGGAGUUGAUCUCCUCUUUGUUGCACUAUAUUUUUAUUUGUUUAUUUUUUGUGUCAAGAUUUGGUUUUGGAGGGAGCGGGUCCCUAUUCUUGGCAGUGAGAACCA